CGUUGUCAAGACCUCGAGCGGACAGCACUAAAAGCGGCGGAAUGAACCUGUUGGCCAAGAUAGUACUUUUCCUUCUAACUCUGGAGGCAGUGGGUGCACUGGAGGCUAAUCUGACGGCCUGGCGACAUCAUCGGCGGCAGAAGCGUUUCCUUAUCUUCCAGAACGGGGGCGUAGUCAAGUUUGUCUCUGGUUGUGCAUUUCCGGUAUCGUUCAUGGAGAAGAAGGCCUGGCGCCAGCUGGUCUGGCUAAUGAAUUUCCACUAUCAGUUCAAUGAACCACAAACUCCCAUCUAUUGGUGGAAACUAUGGGACAGUUCCCGGGACCUCAAGGGACCUGCUGCAAGGCAUCCACCUUUGACACCUAUGGUGCCAGCUCGUCUUUUGGUGGAUGAGCCUCAGCUCCUGCUCUUCCGGUUCGCCGAAGGCUACAUGAAUCAGUUGGGUCAGAAUGGGACAGCCUGUCUGGAGCGUUUGAUCUGCGAAAAUGGACAGGUGGACGAGCACAGUGGACUCUAUGCUCAGUUGCUGCACAGAAUUUUAAGACCUCAUCACACGCUGGAUAGACGCUACCUGGAUGCCUAUCGGAUGGGUCGUCAUGGCGUCGACUGCCGUCGAGCCUAUCCCCAGGCAACCCAUUGCGUUCUGGACGACUACGUGCACCUCCAUGAACGGCGAACCACACAGAGUUAUCUUUAGUAGGUCUUUACGUUUAGUUACAGGUCGCGGGAGC